AUGUCUUUCCUUACCGAGAUGACCUUCCGCCGCAUGGCAACAAUCUCCCGUACUGCCGCACGCUCUUCCAACUUCACAUCCACCGUGCCACGAGCAGCCUUCUCUACCACCGUCCAGCUGCAGAAGAACCCCGUGGAUGUUGCCAAGGAUGGCCUGAAGAAGGUGGACCGCGCAGUGUCUGACAAGCUCGUCGACGGCAUCGAGAUUGGAACUGCUGCCAAGGACAAGGUCAAGGAGGCCAGCGCCAACAUCACCGGCGGCGACGUCAAGGGAAAGGCCGCCGAGCUACGCGGUGAAGCCGCUGGCAAGGCACAGGAGCUGAAGGGCGACGCAAACCAGGCUGCAGGCCAAGCUAAGGGCAAGGCUGCUGAGCUGAAGGGCGAGGCCCAGAAGAAGGCGAACGAGCUAUAA